CUCCCCCCGCCCUCUCCUGCCUGGCACCGCAGCCGCGAGCGCGGAGCGGGGCCGGAGGCGGCAGCGCAGCGCCGUCAGGGGCCGCGCGAUGUGGCUGAAGCCCGAGGAGGUGCUGCUGAAAAAUGCCCUCAAGCUGUGGGUGCAGGAGCGCUCCAACCAGUACUUCGUGUUGCAGAGGCGGCGGGGCUAUGGCGAGGAGGGCGGAGGCGGGCUGGCAGGUCUCCUUGUGGGAACAUUAGAUGCUGUGUUGGACUCGACGUCGAAAGUCGCCCCAUUUCGCAUCCUGCAUCAGACCCCAGACUCCCAAGUCUACUGGUCCAUCGCGUGCGGAUCCAGCAGAGAAGAAAUAACAGAACACUGGGAGUGGUUAGAACACAAUGUUAUGAAGACUUUAUCAGUAUUUGAUUCAAAUGAUGACAUUACGAGCUUUGUCCAGGGAAAGAUAAGAGGUUUGAUUGCUGAAGAGGGAAAAGGUUCUUUUGUAAAAGAAGAUGAUCCUGAGAAAUUUCGUGAAGGUCUUAUGAAGUUUGAGAAGUGUUUUGGAUUACCAGAGCAGGAGAAGUUGAUUACCUACUACUCGUGCAGUUACUGGAAGGGCAGAGUGCCCUGUCAGGGAUGGCUCUAUCUUAGUACCAACUUCCUUAGCUUCUACUCAUUUUUGCUUGGAGCWGAAAUAAAACUUAUUAUCUCCUGGGAUGAAAUAUCGAAACUUGAGAAAACGUCCAAUGUGAUUCUGACAGAGAGCAUUCAUGUGUGCUCCCAUGGGGAAGAUCAUUAUUUUUCCAUGUUUUUGCACAUUAGUGAAACAUUCCUUCUCAUGGAGCAGCUGGCAAACUAUGCAGUUAGAAGACUUUUUGACAARGAGACAUUUGAGAAUGAUCCAGUCCUUCAUGACCCUCUGCAGAUCACCAAGAGAGGCCUGGAGAACCGUGCCCACAGUGAACAGUUCAGUGCAUUCUUCAGGCUGCCUAAAGAAGAGACCUUGAAGGAAGUUCACGAAUGCUUCUUAUGGGUUCCUUUCAGUCAUUACAAUACCCAUGGGAAAAUGUGCAUUUCAGAAAACUACAUCUGCUUUGCUAGCCAGGAUGGCAGCCUGUGCAGUGUGAUCAUUCCAUUGAGAGAGGUCACAGGGGUGGAUAAGGCAGAUCCAGCCAACAGAGGAGUCAGCAUUAGUACCAAAGGAAAAACAGCUUUUCGUUUCACGGAGGUGAGAGAUUUUGAGCAUCUUGUGGCAAAGCUCAGAAUGAAAUGCAAUGCAACUGCAAGUCCACAGCACAUCAUAAAUACUGAGGUUGCAGCUGGUUCUGCCACUGACAGUCCAAAGGAUUUUGGUGCAGGACAGUCAAAGAUGGGCCAGAGAGAUAACAGCAAAACUGUCAGUACAGAAGCACUAAUGACUGUCUACCAUCCUCAGGAUGCUGAGAACCUUGACUCUAAAAUGUUGAAAGAAAAAAUGAAGGAACAGUCAUGGAACAUCUUGUUUGCGGAAAGGGGCCAUGGGGUCAGUAUGUUUCGGACAAAGAAGACUCGAGACUUAGUUGUAAGAGGCAUYCCAGAGGCAUUAAGAGGAGAACUCUGGCUGCUCUUCUCAGGUGCUAUAAAUGAUAUGGCAUCCAACCCUGGUUAUUACACUGAAUUGGUGGAAAAGUCCUUAGGAACAUGCACUUUGGCUACUGAUGAAAUUGAACGAGAUUUACGUCGCUCCUUACCUGAGCAUCCUGCUUUUCAAAGUGACACAGGAAUUUCUGCACUCAGGAGAGUCCUUACAGCUUAUGCAUACAGGAAUCCACAAAUUGGAUAUUGUCAGGCAAUGAAUAUUCUGACAUCAGUGCUCCUGCUGUAUGCUAAAGAGGAGGAAGCAUUCUGGCUUUUGGUUGCUGUGUGUGAAAGGAUGCUCCCUGAUUAUUUCAAUCGCCGAAUCAUUGGUGCCUUGGUAGAUCAGGCAGUGUUUGAGGAGCUCAUCAGGGUUCACCUGCCUCAGUUGACAGACCACAUGACGGACAUGACUUUUUUCUCCUCGGUCUCUCUCUCCUGGUUCCUUACCCUUUUUAUCAGUGUGCUGCCAAUUGAAAGUGCAGUCAAUGUGGUGGACUGUUUCUUCUAUGAUGGAAUAAAAGCAAUCUUGCAGCUGGGCCUUGCUGUGCUGGAAUACAACAUGGACAAGUUGCUCACUUGUAAGGAUGAUGCAGAAGCAGUCACUGUUCUCAACAGAUUUUUUGACAGUGUCACUAACAAAGACAGUCCUUUGCCUCCAGCUGUGCAGCAAGGCUCCAACCUCAGYGAUACAAAGAGUGACCAUCCAAAAGUGGACAUCACUGAUCUGAUCCGAGAGUCAAAUGAAAGGUACGGUGAUAUUCGCUAUGAGGAUGUUGAGAGCUUGCGCUGCAGGAACAGGCUUUAUGUGAUCCAGACCUUGGAGGCUACGACCAAGCAGAAUGUGUUACGAGUUGUGUCUCAAGAAGURAGAUUCAGUCCUAGUGAUCUUGAAGAGCUUUAUGAAUUAUUCAAGAAGGAGCACUUUCUGUCCUGUUACUGGAGUGUAAAUAGUCCUGUGCUGCAGCAUCACGAUGCCAGUCUGCCCUACCUUGACCAGUACCGGAUCGACUGCCAGCAGUUCAGGGUUCUCUGCCAUCUCUUGAGCCCCUGGUCACACUGUGCAAACAGAGACUCCCUGGCCCUCUGGACAUUCCGACUGAUGGAUGAGAGCUCCGACUGCCUUAUCAACUUCAAACAAUUUGCCUGYGUUCUUGAUACCAUGUAUAAUGGAAGCUUCACUGACAAACUCAAGCUUCUUUUUAAGCUGCACAUCCCCCCAGCUUUUACUGAAGUAAAAUCUCWAAGCCCGUCCAAAGGAGAUGAUCUUUCAAAAGAAGAACUAAUCCACUUCAGCCAACUCAGUGUUUCGUCUGUUGGGGAUGGUCUUGAAAAUGAUUCUUUGAAGAGCAGCCCAGAAAAAGGGAAAGGAAAGGUUGAUAUUCAAGCAUAUCUGAAGCAAUGGCAAGAUGAACUUCUUAGAAAAGAAGAAAACAUCAAGGAUUUGCCGAGAAUGAAUCAGUCUCAGUUCAUCCAGUUCUCAAAAACUCUCUACAAUCUGUUCCAUGGGGAUCCUGAGGAGGAACUGUUGUAUCGGGCUAUCGCCGUGGUGACCAGCCUCCUGCUGAAAAUGGAAGAAGUUGGCAGAAGACUGCAGAGUCCCAUGUCACCUGUCCAAAGUGCAGUUCCUGUUUCAGAGGUGGCUGCUGAAGUCCCCAGAGAGAGGCAGGAGGAAAGGAUCUCUGAGCAGACUGAAGGCAGUAGAGCACAGAGUUUGGGAGGGAACCAUGAAUGGUCKUUUGCCUUUGAACAGAUUCUGGCAUCCUUAUUAAAUGAACCAGCCUUUGUGAGAUUUUUUGAAAAACCUCAUGAUAUAAAAGCUAAAAUAGAGAGUGCUAAAAAUUUACAACUUAAAGCAAGAACCAGAGUGUAAUUUUCUUUACCUUUGGCUCUGAAUUAGCCACAUAAAGCGCUUACAAAUGAAGGCUGUAACUAUGGAAAUCAAGUCUGGUGUUUACAUAGGGAAUGGAAUUUGAAGAAUUAGCUUUAAGUAUCAGAUUACUGGUAUGUCAUGUAAAUAAAAAUAGUUUGAAGCACAAUCACUUUCUUGCAUUGUUCAUAAAAUUUCACUCCAGUAAAGGGGACUGGAUAAUAAACUGUCUUUACCAUGUUUUUGAAACAUGCAUCAUUGCUUGGAGAUAAAUGGGUAUGUACCUGUGCAAACCUGUCUGAAUGACUGCUGUUGGAGUGGGUGUUCUCCAGGUUCAUAUCUAUUACUGUGGUAGAAGGAAUGACUUCUUCCCAUUUUAACUUUAAAGGAAUAUCAACAACUUGGAGGCUGUCUUCCACAUGAAUUAGUUAUUUCCAAACUUGCAUGUGGACUGGGGUCAAAGCAGGGUGAAGAGUAAGAACAGAGGCUGUGGUGGGAGACUAGAGAAGGAAGUUGCCCUGCUCUCAAUUCCUCUGCUUUGGUGUUAUUCAUGGUUCUGGACUCUUUCAGAUUUCAUUCCUUCAUCAGCAGUUUGCAGACUGCAUUCUCCAAGCCCAUGUCUCAGUUUCUGCAACAAAAAUCUGGUUUCCUGCUUUUCUAGCUCAGCCUAGAGGUCUCUUUCCCAUUUUCAUACCAAUCCUCCUACAAAAAAAAAGGUGAAAAGGAUGGAAGCUUAUUUGGUCAUCCAGGCUGCACAAGGGUAAAAAAAACUAAUACUAAUUAUUUGAAAUCAAGGGAAAGCAGUGGCUAAAUCUAUCUGGCCACAUGGUGGUUGUUCUUUAUCUGGCAAGAGGAGCCAUUGUUGUGUUCCUAGGAGCAUGUUGAUGAAAUACAGAGUUUUGCUGGUGUUUGGAAAGCCCGAGCACAGGCCAUCUGUAACUGAAUGUUGUCUAUUGGGCUGCUUAGGGACAGAUUGCAGUUACUUCUUUGCCUACCCUGAGUCCAUAUCUCAACCCAGUAAUUACUAUUGCUUUUCUAUAGCACUCUGGAUUAUUGCUGCUGUAAURUUUUCCAUCUGUCAGGAUUCAAGGCAACAAGAAAAUCCCCUUGAAUCUGAUUUAAAAUUUKUAAUAUAUAAAAUAUGAUAUAGUAGAGAUGCUGUGGAGGAAAGCUCUACUAGUGUAAAUGCAGAGACACAUUGACCUUGAAUCUUUGGUAGCUUGUGCUAGAAGGCAUUUAGAGGAGGGUAAGAGUUUUGUCUUCUAACAACAGCAGCAAAGAAAGUAGGGAGUUUCUGCUGAACUAGUUAAAAAUGUCUGUUUCCAAAGCCUGUAUGACAAUCUUUCUCUGCAGAACAGCAUUAUUUUUAUACUGUGCAUGUUUUUGUAAAGAAGCAGAAUGGGGAUGGUGUCAUUCUGAGGCUUUUCUUGCAAUACUAGUGUGAAUGAAGAAUAAAACAAAUUUCUGACUUGUGUUACAGGCACUUUGUGAAAUGCCAUCAUUGCAGGUGGUGUUAAAUUUAUGAAUUAUGUCUUAUACUCUCCCCAAUACUCUCAGGUAUUAAUGUAAAAUUAAGUUUUAUUGAAGAAGCUAAAUGAUAAAAAAAAAGUUAUAUAUGUGGAGAAGGAGGAAGCUUUUUUCAGAAAGCCUUCACAAAGUAAUUAUGCUUGAUAAAAUAUAGUGCUGAUUUGUAUUUUUAUGUAUAAAAUAUAAAAACUAAUUUAUCCAUUUAUAUGGAUAUAGAUAGGGCCACACUGYAUUACUUAUUUUAAAAUGUAUUUACUCAUUGUUUUCACAAAGCUGUUUAGAAAUACAAAGCAGAUGAUAUGGUUGUUCUAGUCCAGGAUGUACUCAGAUAAGGUUUGGUCAGUGAGUAAUGCUCCUGCAAAGAGCCAUGAUGAAAUUAAUGGAGCCUCAUGCAAAUAGAUACAGCUGCCCAUCCCAAAAGCGUUUGUAGGUUUAUGACAGAAAUUGUUUAUGUUAAUAAGUAGUCAAAGCCGUGAACUGUUUGCUAAUCAAGGUAACAGAGAUACGAAAGGACAGARAAAUCAAGGACUUUUUUUGAUGAGCCAAGAUGUGAAGAUCUAAGGGCGAAAGAGUGUGGUGAGGGAUCUURGAAAGUACAACCUUCUGUUGUUACCUAGUUGUAAAAAGGUGCUCAGUUUGUACAAUACCCUUUUCUAUUAGUGCCUCCCCCGAGACUGCGGAACCUUUACCAGUUGGGUAGUAGCUCUUGUCAAAUGUCAUAUCCAUGUAUAGACAUUACCAGCAUAUAUAUGUAUCAAAAUAGAUUUAAGGUAAGAAGUUAGGGUAACUUUUUUACCUGCUUGGAUUUUUUGUUUAUAUUUUUUUUUUCUCAAAAAGGGUAUUAUCUUUAAAUUGCUCCUGUAAUAUACCUGCAGGUUGAUCCAGGAAGGCACAGUGAUCAGGCAUCCAGUGUCAGCAGGAUGGAGGGUGGGGCAAGCUCACUUCCAACAGGCUGGCAGCACUCAGGCCAUGGCCCAGCUGGCAGGUUCUUCCUUCUGCAGCCUCUGGAUCGUGGGCUGGUCCUCUGGGGAGUUGUAGAUGGAGCAAGUGCCAGCUAUUCSCAAGGAACAUGGCUAACAAACAGAUGCAGGUUUAGCUGGGAUUGGCAGAGCUAGAGCAACAGCAGCUCCUUCCCUCUCUUCAUUCUUGAAGAGUGAUGCCUUGACUUCCCUGUACACUAAGGGACAGAGAUCUCUGUGCCAUGCAGCUUUUUGGCAAGGUGACAUUGGUGACACACAGAUGGCCCCAGACUCCCAUCACAUCACACUGGCUGCGCACAUGAACAGGAAGCCGCCUGGUUAAGUUGGUUCUGUUGUGUCACUUCACUGAUCUAUGUUACUUUCUUUCCUUAAGUUUCCAUCAAGUAUUUUGCCUUUAUUUUUUCAGUCAUAGGAAAUAAGUGAAGGUGCAUCAUUCAGUACAAAAUAACCCGUUGCAGGUAGAUUGUUACAACUACUGCUGCUGUUUGUAGUUUGACAACUGCAGUGCCUGCUGUGUCAUGGUUACCCUGCACCCUGGACAGUGGCUGUUGGGGACACUGCACAGUCCUUCCUUGUGGCUGGGCCCUUGUUGCUGUGCCCUAAGAUGCCUUUUGUCAGAUGUUACCAUGGCCUGGGAGCAGAGCCAGCAGAGCUGUGGUGAUCCCUCAGUCUUGCCAYAUGGAAUGUGCUGCUCUGGAGCCUUGUGCUGCUCCCUGUGCUCUGGGUGACCAGUGACAGCCCUGACCCCCUCAAGGAACUGGCUGCUUGGCCUCUGUGUGCCCAGCUCAGGGCUUGGUGACCUGAGGAGAGGGAAUAGCUCAAAUAAUCAAAAUACCAGCUCUUUCCACCCUGGGGGAGAACUGAUGGUAAUUCAACUGGUGCAUUUCACAGGACAUGGAAGUGGCUSCUGCCAUGUGACACAGAAAUAUCACUUUCUAUCCAUUCCUAAAACAAGCCACUUGUUCAUCACUCUAACGGCUGGACAAUAAUGUAAUUUUAGAAGAGUUUGGUACCAUAGUGACUAAGAAAUAGCUGUGUGUUGAUUUUAUCAGAAAUUUCUCAUCCAGUUGUACCAUAUAAGGUUGUUGAUUGUGAUUGCUGUUGUUAUCUGGACUAAACCAGAAGGUUUUAAUGCUGAUUUGUUUCCAGAAAAAUAGGCUAUUCUGUCUUUUUUGCUAUAGCUUUAUCUCUUUACCAAGACAGCAGCACAUGUUUGUGUUGACAGAUUGGCUUUUAUACAAUGUAUUGUAUGCAGAGGUCCUGUAAGACAAAUGGGAUAUUAAAUAAAAUAUUGUUUCACUUUAAAAAAAAAUCCUGUGUUUGAGGCACUAUUAUUUGUUGUGAUGGCCUAUUGCAGAAGUUCCUUCAAGAACCACAUUUAGUCAGUGCUUUCCAAAAUAAGGAGCAGGCCAAAGCCUCUGCUGGGACAGCAACCUCCCAGCAGCAAAGGAAAAAUGGAGACCUGGAUUUUGAAGCCUGGGACUAGUUUAGGCUGGAGUACAACCUGAGCUGGCUUCAGUGMUGAGCUGGUGAGUGACAGAGCCCAGGAGUAG